ACACAUCCCUCAUGCUUGCAGCAGAGCCUGGCACAUAGUAAGGGCACCACUCCUGCAGAGGGGAACUGCGUGGAUGGGGGCAACAGCUGAGACGGGGUCAGGACAGUGCCCACGAUUAAUUUUCCAGCUCCAAAUGACAACCGUGUGGUUAACAACAAAACAAAACCCGGUUAGCUGAAUGAACCUAGUGAAAGGCAAGACAAAGCCAAGCUCCUGAGCUGGCCGACGCCUGCCGGCCUAAACGCGAUAUGCCCUGGCCGAGUGGCCUGUGAUAAACUCAGCCGACCCGGGGCUGACCAGAUCGGGCCCGGCUGCGCCUCCCCCCCCCCCCCCACCCCCACCGCGGGGUGAAGACACUGGGCCAAGAUCCGCGUCACGCGGGACCCGAAACGUCCUUUGGAGCUCCGGCACCUACCUGUUCCAUCUCCUACCCACCCGGCGAAGCCGACUACGGAAACACCACCUCAGCUCCCGCUACACACCCCCUCACUACCGGUCCCCGCCCUCCAGUUGCGUGGGAAAGUCACGCGUGGACCGCGACCCCGCCCACCCGUGAGAACCGGGGAGAGAGGCAGUGCGUCUCUGCUGGUUUAGAGUCGAAAGCAAAUUCGCCAUGCCCCCCACAUCUGACGUGUUGAGUCAGGAUGAACUGCGAAAAAAGCUAUACCAGAUGUUUAAGGAUCGGGGUGUACUGGACACGCUCAAGACACAACUCCGGAAGCAGCUGAUUCAUGAAUUGAUGCACCCUGUCUUGAACGGAGAGCUGCAACCCCAGUCUGUUCCAGUGGAAGGGAGUGCCCUUCUAACAGAUGUGUCCAACGCUCUAGUGGCAGAUCACAUGAAGAGCUGUGGCUAUGAGUAUUCACUUUCUGUUUUCUUUCUGGAAACUCGUUUGGCCAAAGAAAAGGCAUUUACUGUACAAAAUCUAUUGCAACUCCUCAAAAUCAACCCUGAAUCCAGUCUCUACAAAUCACUGAUUUCAGGAUUUGAUAAUGAAAACAAAAUAGGUAGGAGCCUUCACAUAUGUCGAAAAUAGCAACAGUUUUUACUGUAAAACUCUGAACGUAAUAAUCUUGAGGGGUAAGAGUAGGGAAUCUAAUUAGAAUUUGAUUUUCUGUGCUGUGACAAUACCUUACCUUUUUUUUUUUUUUUUUUUUUUUAAAGAUUUUAUUUUUUUAAGUAAUCUGUACGCGUAACACAGGGCUCAAACUUAAAACCCUGACAUCGGGAGUGGCACACUCCUACCAACUAGGCCAGCCAGGUGCUCUGAUACCUAAGCUUUUAAAUAAAUAAAAUGAUUCAUCUGUUUUGACAAAUGUAGAUCACUUCUCCAAAUUUCAGUCAUCUUAAUUGCUCUUAGAUACUCAAAAAAGAAACCACUACCACUAUAGAACCCAACAAAUGAUUUGAAAGUUACUUUUUGUAAAGAUACCCACUGUUGGAAACAUUUCCACACACACAAGCUAACAAUGUUAAGGCUCUAGGUAUCUUUGUAUCCUAGAUCUCCCCCUUUGUAAAGUACAAAUCUAUAAAGUACAAUUUAAAGAUUAUUAAUAUUUGCUUAAAGAGUGAAAUAACUGGUUAGUAAUAAGUGUUACAUAAAUAUUUUUUAUUAAGUGUUGCUAUGGGCCUGGUAAAUUGUUUCAUUAGUUUUGGCCUUGAUAAGAACCAUCCUAGAGGCCAUUCUAUAACUGCCAUGGGUACAGACUGUGGGCUGGACUUGCCUACGGACUUCGUAGCAUGAACUUCAGCUGGUAACUUGCCUGUAAUACAUAUUCGUUAGGUCUUUUAAAUAACCUGUAAUGUUAGGUAACGGCCCUCUCGUGUUGGUGUGCCCCUGGAUUUUGUCUGUUGCCAGCAUUGCUAUCAUCCCCAGUCGGGCAUUAAUUUACAACUUAGCAUUCUGCAAACGUUUCAGUAUUUACUUUCUGCCAGCCAUUAGUCUGUGACUGAAUUGCGUAGUCUCUUGAAAGUGGUGUCAGCAGAGGGUGAGUAAAUCAGAUCACAAGACCUUCUAGAGUGCCUGCGAAGUAGGGCAUCCAUACUGAAGUUGAGUAUGGUAAGUGAUCCUGUAUUCUG